GCCUCCAAUCAUGGACAGGAUCCCAUCUUCCGCUGAAGGAGAAGCCCAGCUUCCAACUUGUAAUCGCAGGCAAGGCGGUUGGAUCACCUUUCCUUUCUUCAUAGCAACAAUGGGAAGCUUGAUGCUAGCAGGAGGAGGAUGGAUGAGCAACCUUGUGGUUUAUCUGAUAGACAAGUUCAAUAUCAAGAGCAUUGAUGCUACUCAGAUUAUCAAUGUCAUCAAUGGCUCCACCAGUUUGUUUCCGGUUGUCGGUGCAAUUCUUGCCGAUUCGUUUCUCGGUUGCUACACAGUUAUCUGGAUUUCGGCUUUUGUCUCUUUGCUGGGCAUAAUCCUUUUGGUCCUAACCGCUACAGUUGAUUCAAUGAAGCCUCAACCGUGUCAUCUUAAUGCUUCAAGCUUCUGCACACCCCCAUCUACACUCCAAUAUGCAGUCCUAUAUACUGCUUUAACUCUAGGCUGUAUAGGAGCAUGGGGAACUCGUUUUACACUGGGCACCAUGGGAGCCGACCAAUUUACCAAGCCCAGAGAACAAGGAGUUUAUUUUAAUUGGUAUUUCUUCACCAUGUAUACCAGUGCUGUCACAGCCAGCACUGCCAUUGUGCUGGUUGAAGAUAGUGUGAGUUGGGCCUGGGGCUUUGGUAUAUGUGUGGUGGCAAAUAUUCUGGGCUUAGCCCUUUUCUUGGUUGGCAGCCCUUUCUACAGAUACGUUAAGCCUGAAGGGAGCCCAUUCACAGCCUUGGCCCGUGUUAUUGUUGCAACUAUCCGGAAAUGGAAGGGCCCACUUUCUCCCAACUCCGACGAUUAUUAUUAUGGGCCUGGUGGGGAGUUCAGGACGGAGCUAGCAACUCCAGCUGAAAGCCUGAGGUUCUUAAAUCGUGCUGCAUUGAGAAGUGAAGGUGACAUCAAUCCAGAUGGUUCAAUUGCAAAAAUUUGGAAUCUCUGCACAAUCCAAGAAGUAGAAGAUCUAAAAUCCUUGAUUAGGAUUUUCCCACUAUGGUCAAGCAGCAUAUUUUUGUCCACACCUAUUGGUAUACAACUCAGCUUAACAACCCUCCAGGCCCUGAUCGUGGACCGUCACUUGGGACCUCAUUUCCAAGUCCCCGUUGGGUCGGUUUUGGUCGUUGCCCUAAUCUCUACUUCAAUUUGUCUGAGUUUUUUUGACAAAUUUCUUUGGCCAACAUGGAAGAAAUUAAUCGGCAGACCCCCAAAACCGCUUCAAAGGAUAGGAGUUGGUCACGUGCUUAAUAUUUCAGCCAUGGCCAUUUCAGCAAUGGUUGAGGCCAAGCGACUUAAGAUGGCGAAAUCUCACCAAAAUAUGUCAGUCCUAUGGCUAAUGCCACAACUGGUGAUGGUGGGAGUUGGAGAAGCAUUUCAUUUUCCAGGACAAGUUGGGUUCUACUAUCAAGAAUUUCCUACGUCUCUGAAAACCAUUUCUACUGCCAUGGUAUCAUUGCUCAUUGCAGUUGCUUUCUAUUUGAGCACUGCGCUGAUCCACUCGGUUCGAAAGACCACAGGAUGGUUACCAGACAAUAUAAACAAUGGAAGACUUGACUACGUGUAUUGGAUGCUGGUUGUGAUUGGAGUUCUUAACUUCGGUUACUAUAUUUUGUGUGCAAGAUUGUACAAACAUCCCAGGGCUGAGACACAGGAGGAUGAUAACAGUGUUGGUUCCCCCAAGUGAUGUUUCUAUAAUCAUGUUUGUAGUAAGAUAUGCUAUACUUUUUUGGAUGGUUGCAUCAACUAUGAAAUCUUUGAUUUUCCUCUUCCUAAAAGCCGUGUA